UGCAAUGCCUCCUGUUAUGAAAGCGAAAUUCCCACAGCUAACAUCCAUCAUUGACUGUUUUGAGAUACGCAUCGAAUAUUCAAGGAAAUUGAAGGCAAGAGCAAAGACGUACUCUCACUACAAGAAGUGGGCUACGGUGAAGUACUUCAUUGCUUGUAACCCAGCUGGGAGUGUCACGUUUUUAUCGAAGGGAUGGGGUGGCAGAGCAUCUGAUGUCAAGAUUGUUAGACAGUCAGGAUUCAUAUCCCACCUGUACCACCAACCUGGAGAUCAGAUCUUAGCUGAUCGAGGUUUUACACUUCAAGAGGACUUUGCAUUGUUAGGUGCACAUCUCAUUACUCCAGCAUUUACAAAGGGGAGGAAACAGCUGUCAGGAAGAGAAGUGGAAGAAUCCAGACUGAAAUCCAAUGUGCGGAUUCAUAUCGAACGCGUCAUUGGUGCACUGAAGAAUAGGUUCCAUGUUCUUGAUGGCCCACUUCCUGUCCAGUUCGUGAAGUCCCUGCGAGAUGAAAUGGAGAACAAAGAGGUUGCAACAAUUGAUAAAAUUGUACAUGUUUGUGCUGCCUUAUUAAACAUGUCACCAAGCGUGGUGUUCAACCAUGACAGAGUUGGGGAUGCAGAAUCAGCACAAUAA